AUGGCCGCACUCCAUUGCGAUGGAUCUUUGACUGCAGAUAGGGCUGCUUAUGGGGGACUUAUGCAUAAUAACAUGGGAGUCCCCAUUCUGGCCUAUGUAGGCAAGGGGGUGGAAGCUUCGGUUCUUAGCAUGGAGUUAUUAGCUAUUCAUAGAGGGCUGUCCCUAUGCUUGGAGAAGGAUAUUCAUAGUGUUUCGAUCAGGUCUGAUUCGAAGUUGGCAGUGGAUAUUCUUAUGGGUUCGAUCACUUGCCCUUGGAGUGUGUAUGUUUUAAAAUGCCAGAUUGGUGCUCUCUUGCACCAUUUGUCUCACAAAGAAUUUAGGCAUGUUUGGAGGGAAUUGAACCAACCGGAAGAUUUUAUUGCUUCCAUUAAUAAUGGGGAUGGGGAAGCUAUUAUUCAUCCUCUGGAGUUUCCAGAAGACCUUAUGAGAUUGAUUCAUGAUGAUGCAAGCAAGAAGACCUAUUUUAGACCCCCCUAA